AUGAAUCGUAGAGAAGGCAAAGGAGCUCCAUCAGCAGAUCUCCUAGUAUGUUUUCCUUCACGAGCUCGUCUAACCCUAAUGCCCAAGCCCAUCUGUAGCCCAGCUAGGCCCUCAGAACCCAACAAACGCCUUCACAACCGCCACACCCAUCACCAUCCCCACCACCGCCAUCAUCCCAAGAAGUCUAGCAGCAAAGGUGGUGCUGGCCAAGCCAGCCCUCUUUUAUGGGCCAAAACAAAGCCAACUAGCUCGGAGAUUUCUGAACCGACAUCCCCAAAAGUCACUUGUGCCGGACAGAUCAAAGUUAGGCCCAAGUCUAAUCCAUGCAAGAAUUGGCAAUCAGUCAUGGAAGAAAUUGAAAGGCUUCACACCAAUAAAAAGCACAAGAAGAAACCUCACUGGAUCGAAGCACUUGGUUUCAAGAAAGAAGUAAUGCAGUUUUUGACUUGUUUACGUAGUGUACGAUUUGAUUUUCGAUGCUUUGGCUCAUUUCCUACCUCAGAAAUUACCUCUGACGAUGAAGGUGAUGAAGAAGAAGAUGGAAAUUUUAAGAAAAACCAAGUGGGUAGGGAGGGAAGUGAUGAUAAUGGAACUUCAAGAACUGUCUUCUCCAAAUGGUUCAUGGUUCUCCAAGAAAACCAAAACAAUGGUUUUGACAAAGAAGAGAUUAAAGACAGGCAAAGGUCCUAUAAAGAAGAGUCUGUUGAUGCACCUUGUGCACCACCAUCAAAUGCGUUAUUACUCAUGCGUUGUCGUUCUGCUCCUGCAAAAAGCUGGUUAGAAGAGAGAGAAGAAGAUGAAGAUGAAAAUGAAGAAGAAGAUGAAGAUGAAGACGAAGGUGAAGAGAGAGCAGUAGAAGAAAAGAAAGCAAAGUUGGCAAUGGAGGAAGAGAAGAGAAAGAAAAAAGAAAGCUUGGUGGUGAUGAAAUAUGAUAAAGAUUUCUACAAAUUUUCUUCUGAUAUUGCAAAGGAGAAAUGGGGUGGUACUGUUGGUGGAAUUAGAGAUCCAUUAUCCAGGAGUCGAAGUUGGAAGAGAUGAUAAUCAAGGUGGUUGCUUUUUAAUCUUCCAUUUUUACUUCAAAUUGUUCUUGUUACUCAGAAAAAUUUCUUCGUUUUAGGAUUUUCUGAUGUUUCAUUUCUUUCUGUCGAUCAAUUUUCUCUCCUGUAAGGGAAAACAUAAUCUUGGCUCUCAUUUCUUUAGCUUAUAGUUUGUAAUCUUCAAUUGUGCUCUCAUUUGAAUAUGUAAUACAUCUGUACAGCUUUUCUUUCCUUUGUUGUUUAAUUGGAC